UAUUAUUUUAUCAAGGCACUCUACUUAAUAAUUAUUAAUUAAUGAUAAUAUUAUUACUACCACUACCUACGACAUUACAGACUGUGGUCAGACAAAAAUACAAAAUAAUAAACUAUACAAUUUAUAGUUACAUUUAUUGAAUUGUGAAUCCUAAUACCGUACGUUUUUGUAGUUUGUGAUCACUAUUCUUUUCAUUACAAAAUACCAAUAAAUAUGAUGAGUUCGACUGAUUUGACGACGUAUUAUAAUUAUUGCGGCCAAAAUCCAAAAUAUUGAUUUCAAACGCAUUCAUGUGGUGAAACCCGAAACUCCGCAAGGUUCUCUCGAUUGUUUUAUAUUAGUACGUUGAACAGGUUGAGAAGACUCACAUAUCGGUGCAAUGUCCAGUAAAAAUGUGAAAAGCACUAGGGUCGAGUCCGAAUUGGCCGGGUGUCGAGAAGAAGGAAAUUGGUCAAAGAUAUUGGAGCUCGUCGAGCAGUUGUCCUCCGGCAAAGCAAUACUGUACAAUUUGAUGGUUGGCGAGGCAAAGUUAGAAAUGUUUUUAGAGGAACACCCUCCCAUUGAGAGCAACAUUGCAAAAGCUUGUGGUGGUCUUAAUGAAGCCAAAUCAUACUUAACCGAAUCAAUAAGUGAACUCUCUACUCAAUCGGGCUUGAGUAUUGAUAGUCAUAUGUUACUUGCUAAAUUGUGUUAUGCUUGUGGUCAUUAUGACGAAGCGAUGGAACAUUGUACAGAAGCCAAGUUGAACUCAAUAAUACAAACAGAUUUACAAAUCCGUAACAUAAGGAUAUUGUCUGAGUCGUUUGCAGUAAAAGGUUUGUGCCAAGAAAAGUUAAAACCAACUUCCAGUUCUCGUUUUAAAAAAACCGAAUGGAUUGAAGGUGUUAUUAAAAACUAUGAACAGGCGGCCAAUUUAGGCAUUUUGUAUUUGCAAGAAUUGGACAACAAGGAAAAUCAGCUCAUGUUGCCUUCUCCACUUGGUGGGAAUGCACCACAGAUCACAAAUAACAAUUCUUCAUCUGCUACUGGAUCUCAUUCGCCACAGCCUGUGAACAUGACACAUUCUCUGAGUAUCUUAGUUGAGACGGCUAUCUUGAGAUUGCCAAUAUUGCUUAUUGAGAGUUCAAACUAUGCUGGUGCCAUAACAACAUUCAGGAGUAUAUUAUCAGCUUGUGAAGCCCAUGGUAGUCAUUCCAUUCGACUCAUUUUAACAUACCAAUUUGCUGAAUUUCUUUUACGCAAAGUUUCGCCAAAAUACUAUUCACUGCCAACUCAAAAUACUCCCUCUAAAAAACAGUCAUCAAAUAUAAGAAGAUCAAAAAAAUAUAAUACUAUUAAUAUGUUCAUGCCUAGAAACGAACAUGAAGAAGUAAUAUUAUUGCUUAUUAUAAGUGAGGCAAUGGCAGCCAGAAAUGCAGUACUUAGUCAGUCGCCAGAGUUCAAAGAAGCAAGAAUUAGAGCUUUUAGUUUGGCCACAGCCAUUUAUGAUCUGCUUACUUUUGCGUUAGUCCUUUGGGGUCAAUAUAAUAUGUUGUACGAGUCUUUUGAACGUGCAAUGAAAUUUUCUGCUGAUGAUGCUCAUGUUUGGAUGCAACAAGCUCUAUGUCUUGAAGCUGCUGGUCGUCAUAUUAAAGCAUUAGAAGUAUUAACGCAAGUUAUAUGUAUGCAACCCAAUGCUAUUGUUCCAUGCUUAUUAGCUGCUCGAAUUUGUUAUCAACAUUUAUUUAAGAUGGAAGAAGGAUUAGGUUGGAGUCAAGAAGCUCUUAAAAGAGAAAAAAUGAACUCUGAGAAUUUGUUAUCAAGAUGUAAUCUGUACAUAGGCAUUGGAGCACAGUGUAUGGCAUUGACUUCGUUUUUGAAAUCAGUCAAAGAUAAAUAUCAUGCCCUGUGCUUUAAAUCUCUUAAUAAAGCACAGCAAUUGGAUCCCAAUGAUCAUCUGGUUUAUUAUUAUUUGGCAUUUUAUUACGCGUGUUUGGCUAAAGUGCCAGAAGCUACAACUAAAGUACGUCAAGCAUUAACAUUGAAUCCUGAACAUACACCAUCGUUACAGUUAGCUAUCUUAUUGUUGAGUGCUCAAAAAAAAAUAAACGAAGCCAAAUCUCUUUUAGAAUCAUCAUUAGAAGAUUUUCCUGAUCACAUUGGUUUGUUAUUCAUUAGAGCCAGAAUCGAAUUGCAGACAGAAGCUUCUGAUGUUGCACUUGUGACAGCUAAACAUAUGCUUUCUAUGUGCAAAGCUUCAGCCAGCAAUGAAGGUUCUCCUUCCAUAGAACAUACUGAUACUCGUAGUAUUUUUCAGCUUUACACAACUGAACUCUCGGACAAAGAUUCAAAUUCUUUGGGGCCAGCGCGUAUUGAACAAGCUUUAUCAGAAGUAGCAUCAUCUAUUAGUUCACUGGUGCCCCAACGACCUGUGACCAAUACGGUGUGGCACACACAGCAAAAUGUUUGGUUACUUUUAGCCGAAGUAUACUUGUCCCAAGAACAAUUUGAUUCAGCAAAUAAUUGUUUAUUGGAAGCAGCCAGUAUUUUUCCAUUAUCACACCACAUCAUGUUCAUGAGAGGAUUAUUUCACGAAAAAAGAAAUGAGUUCAAUGAAGCGAAACAAUGCUAUCAAAAUGCUGUAACAGUUCAUCCGGCUCAUUUGAAAAGCUUACAACAUUUGGGUUUGAUGUACCAUUAUUUGGGUAGUCACAGAUUGGCUGAAAAGACAUUAAGAGACGCUGCAAAAAUAAAUCCUUACUCUCCAGAAACAUGGUAUAACUUGGGGAAAGUCUUGGAGAGUUUAGGAGAGACUGACAGUGCUACGGACAGUAUGGCCACUGCUCUGCAAGUAGAGAUGGUCAGUCCGAUUAUGCAAUACACAAGCAUUCCUUUGCCAUUUGAUUAAAACUAUUAUAUUUAUUAUUAUUAUUAUUAUUAUUUAUUAUUAAACUAUUCUUUAUCUGGUAGACAAAAAGUAAUUUAAAAUAAAGGAGGAAGAGGUUACCGUUACCAUAAUCUAUUAAACAAGUUGACAUGCUUGUUAGUUGGCAGUAUUAAAUUAUUUUAGUUUAAAGUUUUACUUAUUAUUUGUAUUAUUUGAUAAUGUUUGUUAUGUUAUUUGAUCAAAUCUUUGUUGUUUAUUAAUAAAAUAAAUGUAGCAAUUUUGUUUAAUUUUCAAUAAUUUUGGUUUUUCAUAAAUAAAGAACCAUCAUUCUGUUGUAUUA